AUGGCUCCCUACCCGGCCCAGCCCAUCAAGGGAAGGGAACGAUACCGGGUCAUGAUGGACAUCCGGAAGCUGGACGUGGAGAACUGGCUCACCAUUGACAAGAACUACAUGGAUGAACAUGAAGUCCGGAGCCACCUGUUGCAAACAGAAAAGAGCAAGGUCCUUCAAUGCCUCCCAGAGUCGUACGACGCAUGCUUGGAGGCACUGGAAGAGGUGGUUGAGUUCCUCUGCCAGCGGUUCUCGAAUGUGUUCGAUCAGAAGAAGUGCGGUGACGAGACGGUGGUCCACAACAAGAUGACGGGGGAGACAUUCACAUUUGGAGGGGACAACAAGGAUGUCGAUCCACUUGAGAUUGCCGUCCGAUUGACUAUGGAAGACCUGAGUAUCUUGAUGAAGAAUGAGGAUGAUGAAUAUUAUCUAGCCGCCAGUGCAAGCCUCUUUCCCGUCGGCUGGACAGUCCAGGAUCGGAUUGGCUGGACCAUCUCGAAGCUUCACAAUCCGGUACCUCUGUGGCAUCAGCAAGUUGCCAACUCGGUCAGCAAAUUCUUGGCUCGACUCACACCUGCAUCUCCUAUGGAGAGAUCCAAUUACUUCGUUGAAGUGAAGCGGCCAGACGAGGACCUAUUCGAGGUGCUUUACCGUCCCACCUCAUUGUCUGAAGACAACCCAGAUCCAACGCCGCAGGAUAUUGUCAUUCGUCGCGAACGGCAAACCUUCCGGCGGUUGCCUCGGACGGGGGCCAUUGUGUUUGGAGUCAAGACCAUCCUAACCACACUGGAUGAGCUACCGAUGCAGGAGCUGCAAAACCUCGCUAAAGAAAUCAAGAGCUGGCCGGAGUAUGUGGGUGAGUACAAGGGGAGGGAAGUCUGGGGACCCAAAGCUUUGGAAUACUGUGAAAAGAAAAGCCGGUUGUACCAACAAGAGCCCGAGAAGAUGGAGGUGUAA